AUGGCUGGGUUUCUGGAAGAGGACGACGUCCCCCUCAUUUUGACCUUAGAGGAGAGCAGGAGCCGGAGGGGCGAGCCGGAGGGGGUCCCCAACGAAAAUGGAGUCAACUACGACGAGAUCCAGGACAUGUCCAGCCCAGCGACCGGAAACCGAUGCUCUCAGUGGGACCGUGGAAGACGAAAUUGGGAAAUGAAUUAUCAGGAGGCUGCAAUCUACCUACAGGAAGGCGAGAACAACGAUAAAUUUGUCACUCAUCCCAAGGACCCCAGAACCCUGGCUUCCUACCUCUUUGUCCACAACCAUCUCUUCUAUCUGAUGGAGCUAACCACGGCUCUGUUGCUCUUAUUGCUGUCUCUCUGCGAAGCCCCCGCAGUAGCCAUAUUCCGCCUUGGCAUUUACGUCCACGCCACCCUGGAGCUGUUUGCCUUGACGGUUGUGCUGUUUGAGCUCUCCAUGAAGUUAAGAUGGCUGGGCUGCCAUACCUACAUCCGACACAAAAGGACUAUGGUCAAGACCUGCGUCCUCUUCCUGCAGUUUGUGGAAGCAGUUGUGGUGUUGGUGCGCCAGACCUCCCACCUUCGGAUCACCCGAGCCUUGCGGUGCAUCUUCCUGGUGGAUUGUCGCUAUUGUGGAGCUGUGAGAAGAAACCUUCGUCAGAUUUUCCAGUCUCUUCCUCCCUUCAUUGAUAUUCUGCUCCUUUUGCUUUUCUUCAUGGUCAUCUUCGCUAUUUUGGGAUUUUAUCUGUUCUCUCCAAACAAAUUGGACCCCUAUUUCAACACUUUGGAGAACAGCCUGGUGAAUCUUUUCGUUCUUCUCACCACUGCCAAUUUCCCCGACGUGAUGAUGCCUUCUUAUUCCCGAAACCCGUGGUCCUGUGUCUUUUUCAUUGUGUAUCUUUCCAUCGAGUUGUAUUUCAUUAUGAAUUUGCUCCUGGCUGUCGUCUUUGAUACCUUCAGUGCCGUUGAGAAAAUGAAGUUCCGGUCACUCUUGCUUCACAAGCGCAUGGCCGUCCAGCACGCCUACCGCCUGCUGGUUAGCAAACAGAGACCCUCUGGGAUUGCUUUCAAGCAGUUUGAUGGCCUCAUGCGUUUCUACGCGCCCCGGAUGAACGUUCGGGACCGUUAUCUGACUUUCAAAGCACUGAGUCAAAGCAGCAGCCCUUUAAUCAGUUUGAAGGACAUGUACAGCUUCUACGAAGUGGCUGGUUUGAAAUGGAAGGCAAAACGGAACCGGGAACAUUGGUUUGACGACCUUCCAGGGACAGCUUUCCUUAUUUUUAAGGGUAUUAACAUAUUAGUGAAUUCUCGGGCUUUCCAGUAUGGCAUGUAUGUUCUCGUGGCCGUGAACGGUCUCUGGAUUCUAGUGGAAACCUUCAUGUUGCGAGAUGGAAUCUUUUCCCGAGACGUCCCCUGGAGUUACAUCAUGUUCCUUACAAUCUACGGGGUCGAAGUGCUGUUGAAGGUCACUGGCCUGGGACCUAAAGAGUAUCUCUCUUCUGGCUGGAAUCUUUUCGAUUUUGCGGUCACUUUGUUCGCAUUCUUGGGUCUCCUGGCACUGGCGUUCGAUAUGGAACCCUUCUACUUCAUUGUUGUGCUGCGGCCUCUGCAGUUACUGAGGCUGUUUAAACUGAAGAAACGUUACCGCAACGUCUUGGAUACGAUGUUUGAACUUCUUCCUAGGAUGGGCAGCCUAUGCCUGACCCUACUCAUCUUCUACUACUGCUUUGCCAUUGUUGGCAUGGAAUUCUUCUCUGGGAAACUCUACCCAAACUGUUGUAACACCAGCACGGUGGCCGACGCCUUUCGCUGGGUCAACCGCACCGUUGGGAACAAGACUGUGGUGGAGCAAGGCUACUACUAUCUCAACAACUUCGACAACAUUUUGAACAGCUUCGUGACCCUCUUUGAGUUGACGGUAGUCAACGAUUGGUACAUCGUCAUGGAAGGGGUGACCUCAGAAACUUCUCACUGGAGUCGUCUUUAUUUCAUGAUUUUCUACAUUGUGACCAUGGUGGUGAUGACAAUCAUAGUAGCUUUUAUACUAGAAGCAUUUGUAUUCCGCAUGAAUUAUGCCCGCAAGAAUCGGGAUUCAGAAGAAGACAGCGGGAUCGUGCUUGAGAGGGAGGUCUCCAAGGAAGAAAUUGGGGGCUUAGUCGAGACCUACGGGAGGCAAGGCGACAGCUUGGCAGCUAGCCAACUUCUCAAGGUCAUUUCCCAAAUGGACAGGCACCGGCAAACCACCAUGCUGUUCCUGGGCCGGCGUUCGAGGACCAAAACCGAUUUAAGUAUGAAAAUGUAUGAAGAAGAGAUUCAGGAGUGGUACGAGGAACAUUCCAGAAGAGAGGAACAACCGCUUCCUUGGCAGGAAGACGAGGAGUUGCUCAACCAGACCUUCCUCCCUCCUGCCCUCCGGCAGCGUUCGCAAACCGUCAUCUAA